AUGAGUAUGAUGUAUUACGGUGAUCUCACGGAGACAUGGUCGAAUUUCUCUCUUUUGGUGGAUAAAGCGGUUCUUUUGUACGAACAACAACGCAAGCGAACAACGGAGAAGAAGACAGUUUCUUGGAAACAAGAAGACGAACAGAGAAUCUUCUUUCACUUCCCAAGAAAGCCAAGAUCAUCAUCGGUAAAGAAACCUCUUCAAAACCUUAUCAUUGGUGCUUCUACUUCUUCUUCUUCUCUGCUCUUCGAUCUUAACAAGAUUCCCACAGAGAAGACAAACCCACAAAACCCUAGUUCUUCCCUAUCAUCUUCUUCCUCUUCGUGCCUAACAGAAAACAACAACACAAGCCGCAAGAGACGUGCCCUGCAAGAAGGAAAAAAACGUAGUUUCAAGAAACCAAAGGUCUCACCUCUAUUCUCAUCAUGGGAGGGGAAAGAUACUCCGGAUUGGAUUGUGCAGUUAAUGAGAAGCAUGAAAGGAGCGCAAGACCCGAUGCUAAUCUUUGAGAAGACUCUCUUCGAAACAGAUGUCAAACCAAGCCAGAGCCGUCUCUCUAUCCCUUUCCAAAAACUGGUCCGUAACGACUUCUUGACACCAGUUGAGACGAGAAUCAUCGAGGAAGACAUCAACAACAACGAGAAGAUGGGUGUGGGAGCGGUUCUUGUUGAUCAAGGCAGUAGGAAGUGGGGUGUGUUUCUCAAGAGAUGGGAGAUGAACGGUUCUUGGAACUACGCUUUGGUUUGUGGUUGGAACGAUGUCGUGAAGGCCAAUGGGUUGAAAGAUGGAGACAGCAUUAGUCUUUGGUCUUUCAGGUGCCGAGGAGUCCUCUGUUUUGCUCUUGUUCCUCUUCCUUUACUUUAA